GUUACUGUUGAUACAACUGUCAGGUUCCGAUCAGUGUCAGAAAACUAUGGGGGAGGGAAACUUCUAUUAAAAUCUAACAGUGUCUGACACCAAACUCUGUCUCUACAUUCCUCUGUCUUUGGGAAGGCUAAAUUCAGAAUGCAGCCUUCCAAUCACAUCAAGAAAAAGAAGGGAGGGGGUACAUGAUGGAGAGGCCAUGGUGGCAGAAGGAUUUUUUUUUUGUAGCAGAACUAUAUUGUUAGUUGUGGAUAAACUACUUGCUGAACCCAGAUUACAACGGGAUUGGCGUUUAAGGAAGCUAAGAAAGAUAUCUGUCAUUCACGGUAGACACCACGUGAGACAUCAAAAGAAAUGGAGUUGUGUUACUAAAAGGUAUUGUACCUUCUUUUGUUGUUGCUGGCAAUGAAUGAAUUGUAAGGGAGUGAUUACAAGUCUCUGCUUAAUGCCCCAGAACUGUGUAAUUGUGAACUCCUGCAGACGUAAGCUUGUAGCGGAAAAGACUUGCAAGAACAUCUAAUUUUUUCUAUCCACCUGGAAGGUGGCUUCUGCAAGAAAAACUCAUUUAUCCUGUCCACCUAUAGGCUGCCAGAAGAAAACAGAGGACAAACAGAACACAUGGCAGGAUUGCUCUGAUAAAAAAAAGCAUGGGCAUUAUUGUUCUGCUGAAAACAACACAUAAGGAUAUAGUUGCAAGGGCAUCUACAGUACAACAAAUGUAAUGUCUUUUUAUUUGGUAAUAAUUCUGCUUGAUAAGUGACUCUACCAUUAGGAUUUUGACAUUAAAUUCUAUGCAAGACAGAAACUUGUUUUACAUUAAUAACGGAGGCAUAUCAGACUAUGCACAACUAUUAAAACAUAACUGGAUACUGAUGACACCAAACCAGGAAGAAAUAAUACACCAAGAUCUAGAAGGAGACUAUGUGGAACUUUUAGAACAACCUGCUACGGCAGAUAAUUCAUCAUUUGCUUCUUGCCACCCUGAAAUGGGGGAUCCCAAAAGGGCCCCACAAACAGAUUUUGUUUCAGACAUCACUAAUAAUCAGUGGGAGUGUGGAAACAUUCUGACCAGUGGCGAUAGAGUGUGCACCCCAUGUUUGAGAAGGAGACUAAAUAGAGAAUUGGAUAUUAAAGAGUCAAAGUGUUGUUUCCGACAGUCAUACGUCGCUGCUCUUGAAAAUCCUGUCAGGCUUGGUGGGGCAUCCAUGCCUUAUAUUAAGGAGGAUUCAGAAAAUAAACAAGAGUUAUCCAGAAUGUUUGCAGCCCUGGAAAGCCCUGCUUGCUCCAGAAGGAAGAAUCAUUCCCAUGUGGCCUCUUCCAGGCUUAUGCCAGGAAAAGAGUCAAAAAGUGGAGAUACAUCUGACCUAGCACAGUCGAAGGUCUCCAAAUCCACAACCACAGCUGGCUCAAGUUUUUCCCCAUCUCUUGUACACAGAUUUUCAUUCCUAAGAGGACAACGCGGCUCCUCGUCAUCAGCUGAUGGCCUAGCCAUGGAUGGCAGUGCCAACCAAUAUGGAGGCACCUGGAGGAGAGUAUCUGCUGUCUGCUCACCAAGGCUCAGCAGGACAAAGUUUUCUGGAAAAGGAUCUGUAUCAAGUCCCACCACGUCUCUUGAAGUCACUUCCUCUGUACACAAGGUUCCUUCGAAGAGUGGCCUAUGGGUCUCUAUUGUUGGAUCACCAGUCAGAGGAAACAUUCCUUGGGAAACCAUCACUGAUCCUCCAAUUCAGUGCCAGGAUCUUUGUGCCAAAUUAUUAUACUCAGGGAUUGCAUGUCUGCCAGGGAGCAGGGAUAAGCUGGGCAGAGCUGUAAUUCAGGUGACAACAGACACUUCAGUCUGGGAUGCUCCAUGGUGCUCGGCGCGGGAGGUAGCAAGACUCCUAUUGUACCUGGGCGCUAUAGCUAGAAAGGAGGUUAAAGACCUGGGAUUGCUGAUUUUAGUGGAUGCCAGGAAGCAGGCCCCUUCUCCCUGUCUGUAUGCGGCUCUGCAGUCUGUGCAGGCCUCCUGUACUGGCUCUAUUCAGAGCAUUUUGAUACUGGUAGAAAAAGAGGCAGCAGCCCAGCUGGAUAGGAUGCCGGGACUGCAGGUGGAAAUUCUGACUUCAUUGAAGUCUUUAAGCCGGUACGUGGAAAUUGGGCAGCUGACCUGGGACCUUGGGGGCACCUUCCCUUACUGUCACAGCGAAUGGGUCCAGUUCUACCAGAAGUUGGAUGCAUUUCUAGCAGACCUGAGGAAGGCCUCUGAGUUACUGCAGAACUCCAUUCAGGAGCUGGGAGAUGGCAGCAUACCACAGGACUCUCAGGAAGCAGAAGAGAAAAUGAGACAAUACCGGGAGCUCAUGAAGAUGGUGCUAAGUGACUCACGUCUAGUAUCUCUCCAGAGGGAGGGAGGGACUACACUUGCCCGACUCCGCAAGGAAGUCACUCGUUUCUACUGCUCACAAGAUGUCAGGAUUGCAGUGGAGUCAGCAGUGCACAUGUACAACCAGUUGGAAGAGCGCGUGCAUGCCUUGGUGACCAAGUCAAAUCGUCGUCUGGAGUUGCUGGAGUCACUGCUGAAGAUCAGAGAGCUAGAAGCUCAGUUUAGCCAGCUCAGCUCUUGGAUGGAUGGCGAUGGAGGGAGUCAACUGCGUGAAAUGGACACAAUGGAAUGGACCCUGGAAAGCCUUGAGAAAUACCAUAAGAGAUUCAAGGACUUCUUUCUUCAAGCAACAGUGCAUUAUAACCAUGGGCUGGUCCUUCUUGAUGAUGCUAACAAGUUCAAUGCUUCACUUGUCCCUGAGAUGGAAUCCUUUAAGGCUGCAAGAAGUAGCUUUCAAACCAAGCUCACCACAUUUUACAUGAGCGUGGAGAGACAAAAAGAAGAACUGGAGAAACUUCUGAGUCUUUACAGAUUCUGUGACAAGAUCACUCAGCUAACUAUUAGUUGCAGCCGUUACCUGGGGCAGCUGAAAAUGGCAGAACAGAGAUUGUGCCUACCAGAAACACGACAAUGCCUUGAGAAUUACCUGCAGAGGUUGAUAGAGGAAAUCUCAGCAGACAAGUUCCAAGAGAUGAAAGAAGAAUCCUACACCCUGAGUAGCUGCAAGGGGUUAGCUGUGUGGAAUGAAACAUGGCUGAGAUGCCAGGAGUCCAAGCAACUACUUGAAGAGACUCUGGAGAAAUGCAAAGAUGGUGCUAGAGCAGACGUAACUGCAUGGCACAAAGAAAAUGCUAUGGGCUUGGAAGUCAAUAAUAAGAGAGAGGAUGUUGGGGCUACCAUAUGCAGUGAAGCUUCAUCAGGAGAACAUAAAGAGGAGAGAGAAUUCAGGCCAAGGGGCAGCAUGAGGACAGCAGAGACAACUGUCAUAAACUGUUGCAGUUUUGGUCUCCAUGCCGGCUCAGUGGGCCUCUUCCUAAGGGCAGCACGGAGUAGCCGUAAUGGAAGGGCAUCAAGAGAACCUGUAACCUCCCAGGGAUGUUCCACCAUUGAGGAAUCCAAGAGCAGCAAUGGAACAGAUCCUGAGCACACUGAGCUCAUGGCUCAGAACUCCAAUAAUGAAGCUCUGGAGAUCUUACAUGCACCUAGCCCAAAGCUCCCUCGUGCUGCCACUGCACAGACAUCAUGUGCUACCAAAGCUGAUCAUUUGCCUUGGCCUGUCGUAGGCAGGUCACACAGCGAUGACUCUUGCAUGGUACCUAGAGAAGACACAAGUAGACCAGUGGUGCAGCAUGUGAGAAGGUGCAUUCUUUCUAGACAUGCCAGCUUCUCCACAGGGGGCACAAGUUCCCAGUACUCUACAGAGAGCUCUUCUGUUAUGUCCCCACCAUUAGCCAUGGAGCCCCUGACUCCACAUCUGCCAUGGAUGAGAGGAUCCACAAAGGAUUCAUCCACAGACACUGACUGGGCUGCAAGAGCCAAUUUUGCGAAGUUACAUAGAAUAAUGGAAGAGCUUCUUGCUACUGAACGGGAUUAUGUGUGUUCCUUGGGGUAUGUCUUGUCACAUUAUCUCUGUGAGAUGGAUCGAACUGACCUCCCGCCAGCUCUUAGGGGUCAGCAUGCUGCCAUAUUUGGGAAUCUGGAGAAACUUUAUGAGUUCCACAGCCAUGUCUUUUUACAGGAGCUAACAGGCUGCAGAAGGGAUCCCUGUCAUGUAGGACGCUGUUUCCUCAAACAUAAGGAACAGUUUGGACUGUAUGCAUUUUACAGCAAAAAUAAGCCCCAGUCAGACCACCUUCUUCAGGACCACGGGCUGGUUUUCUUCAAGAGGAAGCAACAGGAGCUUGGCGACAAGAUGGAUCUGUCUUCCUACCUCCUAAAACCAAUUCAGCGCAUCAGCAAAUACAACCUUCUCCUGCAGGACAUGGAAUGGGAGUGCAGAGGGCAGGCAACAAGACAGAAGGAGCUACAGGCUGCACGUGAGGUUGUACGCUUCCAGCUACGCCAUGGCAAUGAUCUCCUCGCCAUGGACGCCAUCCAUGACUGUGAUGUAAAUCUGAAGGAGCAGGGACGUUUACUGCGCCAGGGAGAGUUCAUCAUCACCUAUAGGAAGAAAAAGUGUUUGAGGAGGCUGUUUUUGUUUGAAGACCUCAUACUCUUCAGCAAAACCAAAAGGACUUCCUCUGGCAGUGAGAUCUAUGUCUACAAGCAGUCCUUCAAGACCUCAGAAAUCGGCCUCACUCACACAUCAGGGGGCAGUGGCCUCUGCUUCGAGAUCUGGUUCCGCCGAAGAAAGUUGGAGGACACCUACACAUUGCAAGCCCCCUCUGCUGAGGUGAAGGAGGCAUGGACUGGUGAUUUGCAGAAGAUACUGUGGGAUCAAGCCAUAAAGAAUAGAGAGCUGCGAAAACAAGAACGAGCUUUCUCCGGUCUUGGGUGCAAACCUUUUAGCGAUAUCCAACCAAGUGAUGCUGCCAUCAGCAGCAGAGCAAUUCCCGGUCUAGCGGGAGUGGAAAUUACUGGCAGAGAUGAGAAUUUUUGCUCCCCUCCUGUUGGUAUUUUGCCAUUUCCGACCCCCACUCCUCCUCUCCGCUCCAUGUCAGUAGGAUCUCGAAGUAGUGCUAGCAGUGCAAUGUCCCUGGGUGGCUGCUCCUCCACAUCUUCUGGUCGCGGUUCACUAAGCCCCCAUCAUGGCUGCCCUGGUUCAGAGUCUCAUUGGAGGUGCUGCAGGACAGAACCCCUUCAGGAGAGAGAGACCAAUGUAUUCUUAACUGCCAGCUCUGGCUCAUCAGAAGGAAGCAUCAGUGGUUUUAGCUCCUCAGACCCUAGUCAGAUUCCCUUUGGAAACUUAAACAUCUGUUACCCACUGGACUGCUGGCGCCCCCAACAGAUUGCAGAGAAAAAACAAGGGAAUAAUCCUCAAUGAGCGUGAUGGAAAAGUUAUGAUGCCAAUUAUAGCAGCAGAAAACUUCCAAAACCUUUAUUAUAGCUCAGGAAUCUUUUUGAACCCAGCAUACUGUUAAAAAUCUGUUUAAAUGCCAGGGUAAAUCAUGCUUUAAAUAUGUAAAUAAAUAAAUUGUAGUUGGAUUUCAUAUAUUUUGUCCUUGCAUUUCACAAAAUGUAACAGCAUGACAUUUCUACAGCAGCUCCUAAAGAAGCCCUAUACUGCACCUUUCCUGGCCUGGUCCUGAGGUUGGCAGGAUCUAACCCAUCUUGAACUGAUUUUAUUCCUAUCCAGUUUCCUUUUGGAUGAAUUAUAUUUAGUUCCUGUGGCCAAAAAUUCUUGGUUUGUCUUCAGACAAAGCUAUUGAAUCUUUUUAAAUGAUUCCUUCUUCUAUAGUUUAUAUUUCUCACUACACACAAAUAAAAGAGUAUGUGCUGGCUUUAUCACCUAGGCAGGUGUGUUGUCUCAUGAAUCUACAAUGUGGGAACAUCAAUUGGACUUAUUCACAAUGUGUUGAUGUCAUUCCUCGUCUUAUUCGUUCAACCAUAAAUCAUCUGUAUUUUUAUUAUUUGCAAUGAUUGUAAACCUAUUCAUUUUCAGUAAAAGUUCAUGUGAGAAGGCA